AGCACGGAAGCCAGGCCGCCAGUUGCAGCUGCUACUCCUGCUUGCUUCCCCCUGUCGUCGGUCGAGGAAGGAGAUGGGUGGCCUACUCCCGCUGGCGCUGCUCGUCGUCCUCUCUGCCGCCGCCGCUGCCCCUCAGGAAGACAUCAUACGGACGGUCAACAACCAUCCCAAUGCCGGAUGGACGGCUGGACACAACCCCUACCUCGCAAACUAUACUAUCGAGCAAUUUAAGCAUAUCCUGGGAGUGAAGCCAACACCUCCAGGUUUACUGGCUGGUGUCCCAACCAAAACUUAUUCAAGAUCAGAAAAGGAGGAUCUCCCAAAGGAGUUCGACGCCAGAUCUAAAUGGUCUGGCUGCACCACAAUCGGGAAAAUACUUGAUCAAGGUCACUGUGGUGCCUGCUGGGCCUUUGGUGCCGUGGAGUGUCUGCAAGAUCGUUUCUGCAUUCAUCAUGGCGUGAACGUUUCACUUUCUGUCAAUGACAUAGUGGCUUGCUGUGGGUUUCUGUGUGGCGAUGGUUGUGAUGGAGGAUAUCCUAUCUUCGCAUGGCAAUACUUCGUCGAGAACGGUGUUGUUACUGACGAGUGUGAUCCAUUCUUUGAUCAGGUUGGCUGCCAGCAUCCUGGAUGCGAACCUGCUUAUCCUACACCUGUGUGUGAAAAGAAAUGCAAGGUGCAGAACCAAGUUUGGGAGGAAAAGAAACAUUUCAGUGUCGAUGCAUACCAAGUAAACUCUGAUCCACAUGACAUCAUGGCAGAGGUCUACAAGAAUGGCCCUGUAGAAGUUUCUUUCAUAAUUUAUGAGGACUUUGCACACUACAAGUCAGGUGUUUACAAGCAAAUCACAGGUAGGAUGGUGGGAGGUCAUGCCGCCAAAUUGAUUGGAUGGGGAACAAGUGAUGCUGGCGAGGAUUACUGGCUUCUUGCAAAUCAGUGGAACAGAGGAUGGGGCGAAGACGGGUACUUCAAGGUCAUAAGGGGCAUGAAUGAAUGUGGCAUUGAAGGAGAUGUUAAUGCCGGUAUGCCCUCGACAAAGAACAUCGCGGGUAGCGCCUUUGCAAUCUGAAGUCUGAGCGGCGCCUUUCCUCCGUUGUAGUUGGAAUUAGGGAUUUUCCUGUCAAAUUAAGACCCUCUUUGAUUCAACGAAUUUUCAUAGGACUAGCAAAUAUGUCCAUGUGUUGCAACGUGAGAAAAACAAUUAGAUUAUGCCAGAUGAGAUAAGGACUUUUAAAAUGUCAUU